GUCCUCUUUUUUCUCCGGAAUGAAUGAUGAAAUUCCUCAAAGAAAAAAGUGUGUAGCUCCCCCAAAUGCAUGUGAAUAAACAUCAUGUAGGCCCUAAUUUUCUCUCUCUUUUCUUCUUCUUCUUCCCUCCUUGUUCCUACACAAUUUACUGUCUUCACCAAUAAGGGUCCUUCAUUUCUCAGGAGGACCCUCUACCAUCCCCCGCCCCCUUCCCAUACCCCUCCUCAUCCCCCCUCCUGCAACCUAAAAUAAUUUCUGCUAUUUUUUUCUUCAACUCUUGAUAACAUUAAAUAUCAUUACAAAUCAAAUUAAAUAUUGCACAUAGUUUGGCAUUUUUAUUCAUAUUGGGAUUUGAAUAUUCCCCCUCUCUACCCCCUCAAGAAAAAGAAAAAAAAUAGAUAUUAUUCGCUAAAUUAUAAUUUAUUCAGGAAACAAAACUCUUGUUGUUUAGAGCAUUUUUGAGGUCUGGAGAUUGAAAAGGAGAGAGAGCGAGAGAGAUAAAAGUUCUUUGUUCUUGAGAGCCUGAAGACAUGAGUUGCUUUCCAUGUUUUUCAAAAAAAGAAACCUCCGAGGAAAAUGAUGUGCCUGUAGCUCAGACCAAAGAUGCCACUUCACCACCCAAUCCUGGUGAUGCCAAUGUUGGAGGAGAAGAUGAAAACACAGCGAAAGCAUUUACUUUCCGUGAACUUGCCUCUGCAACAAAGAACUUUCGUCAAGAAUGCUUAAUUGGUGAAGGUGGAAUUGGAAAAGUGUACAAAGGGACGCUCCAAAGUGGCGAGGUUGUCGCUGUUAGGCAACUAGACAGGAGUGGGACACAAGGGAGCAAGGAGUUUCAGGUUGAAGUUCUAGUGUUGACUCUACUUAGCCACCCGAAUUUGGUCCAGAUGCUUGGAUAUUGUGCCGAUGGAGAGCAACGGCUUUUGGUCUACGAAUACUUACCCACGGGUUCUUUGAAAAACCAUCUAUUUGACAUUUCGGGUGACAAAAAACCAUUAGAUUGGUCGACAAGAAUGAAGAUAGCUACGGGUGUUGCAGAAGGUCUUGAGUAUCUACAUGAGAAGGCCAACCCACCUAUUAUAUAUCGCGAUAUGAAAUCAUCAAACAUUUUGCUGGAUGAGUCGAAGAAUCCGAAACUCUCUGAAUACGGGCUUGCAAAGCUAAUACAGAGUGGCAAUAAGAUGAAUGUGACGCCAACCGUCAUGUCGGCUUAUGGGUAUUGUGCACCUGAAUACGAAAGACAUGGAGAACUAACAUCAAAAGCGGACGUUUAUAGUUUUGGUGUAGUCUUACUAGAGCUUAUCACGGGACGUAGGGCCUUUGACACGACACGUCCAACGAAUGAGCAAAAUUUAGUUAAUUGGGCACAAGAAUUUUUCAAGGAUCAAAAGAGGUUUCCGGACAUGGCAGAUCCACUUCUCCAAAACGACUUUCCUGUGACAAGCUUAAAUCAAGCCGUGGGAGUUGCAUCCAUGUGCCUACAAGAGGAACCCUCAGUUCGUCCUUUCAUCACCGACGUUGUGGCAGCGCUUAGUUUUCUUGCAAUGGCUCCUUUGGGGGCACCGGUUCCAGCUCGUCUUGUUCCCAUCUUGUCGGGAAAGGUGGGAACAACAAGUCAAAAUAGACACGGAGACGAAGGCCGACAUAAUGAAAAUCUAGAUUCGGAUGAUGAUAGUUCAGAUGAUGAUUCUGAUAUAAGCACACCAAAACAAUCCACAUCAAGGCGUGUUACAAUUCGAGAACCUAAUCGUGAUGCAAAGUAGCGAUGAACGAUGCUCGAGGUAAUGGUAGUCUUGCUUCUAGUGGUCGUGGGUGUGGAUAAAUUUCAAAGAGCAACAUCAGCUCAAAUGUAAAGACGGUCGACAAAGCUCUGGAAAAAUCAAGUUGGUUUGUAUUCAAUGCACAACCACGUACAAUCCAUCCAAAUUUGUAUAUAACAAUGUGGGAAAUGACUACAAAUUCAUAUGGAUAUAUGAUCAUGAAAUGUGAUCAUUUUCAAGUUCAUUUCAUGAAUACUUUGAUUUUUGUCUAAUUGGUAGUUAAAAAUCUUCUUUUUUUAGCCAAUUGUUGCAUUUGUGGUUAUGUGAAGGACAACAAUGGGUUAUUUGUGUGCAUAAAAUAUUUUCUCUUGACUUUUUAGCUAGUGUUCGUUUUUACUUUUUUUAGUUUUUUACUAGGCUUUUGAUAUGUAAGCAUUGAGAAUAGUACUCAACUUAUUGUGA